AUGCUCAACAAUAUGAAGCUAGUCGACAUGUUCAUUCUAGAAACUCUCAGGCUAUAUGGCCCCGUCACCAACAUCCAGAGGAAAACAGGCAGCAAUCUUGAGCUCAGGGGUAUUAGGGUGCCGGAAGGCACAAUUCUAUCGACCCCGAUCAAGACGAUACACCGCGACAAGGAGCUCUGGGGUGAGGACGCUGAAGAGUUCAAGCCUCAGAGGUUCAAGAAUGGGGUGAGCAGGGCCGCAAAGCACCCGUACGCAUUUCUGCCUUUCUCUAUGGGGCCCAGGGCUUGCAUUGGGCAAAACUUUACCAUGAUCGAGGCCAAGGUUGUGCUCGCGAUGAUCCUGCAGAGGUUCUCAGUCUCACUAUCCCCAAAGUAUGUCCAUGCACCCAUGGAUGUAUUCACGAUACGACCGAGAUAUGGGCUUCAAGUGGUCCUCAAAAGCUUGCAUGUGUAG